GCAAACGGAAGAACCCUAGAUUCUUAUACCGUCAAUGGCGUUGAUAAAUCCAUAAGACCCGGCGAUUGCGUGUUGAUGAGGCCACACGAUCCAUCGAAGCCGUCGUAUAUAGCGAAAGUGGAGAAGAUUGUAUCGGACGACAGAGGAAGCAACGUGAAGGUUCACGUACGGUGGUACUACCGGCCAGAGGAAGUAGUCGGCGGUCGGAAACAGUUUCACGGAACCAAAGAAGUAUUUCUCUCCGAUCACUAUGAUGUUCAAGGCGCGGAUACAAUUGAAGGCAAGUGUAAGGUCCACACGUUCAAGAACUAUACAAAGCUCGAUGCCAUUGGUAACGACGAUUUCUACAGUCGUUUCCAGUAUUACUCUUCCACCGGAGACUUCAAUCCCGAUAGAAUUGCCGUGUACUGCAAAUGUGAGAUGCCUUACAAUCCUGAUGACUUAAUGAUUCAGUGUGAUGGCUGCCGUGAUUGCCUCGUGGUUCAGGUUUCAUCCUGCUUGUAUAGACAUGACAGUGGAGGAGGCUACACAAAUGGAGCACUUCUUGUGCCAGAGUUGUUUGUCAGAAGAGCAAAAGGUUCUCCAAAAUUCUCAUGCUAUUUCCAGGCCUGCAGUCAUGAAGGUAGACACAAAGCGCCGGCGAACGUGAUGUACAGGUAUAGUGAACCAAAAAUCUUGUUGAAUAUACAAAAGCUUUCAAACUUGGAGAGGAUGAAAGGAUAGUAGCAACUUAACACUAAUAUGCAAUGGAAACCACAUUUUGACUUUAUUUUUGUGCAUAUAUAUGUACAUAUACAUAUAUUUCCCUUUUGAUUGGUUGGACUUCUAAGUGUUUGUAGCCUAUGUUUGUUUAUGUGAGCUAGGAUCCAAUCAGUUUCUUUUUAUCUAUAUAGCAUUAUCACUAAACGUUUCUUUGACGUUUAUAACAUGUAUCUUUUA